AUGUCGCCUUCGACUGCCACUUGUCCGACCACUUGGCUCAUAACCGGAGCAUCUCGCGGCAUUGGGCUCGAACUCGUCAGGCAACUGCUCGAAAACUCGCAGAACCUCGUCAUCGCAGCGUGCCGGACCCUCGAAAAGGCGACCGUACUCAACGGGCUGAAGAGCAACGCGCAGGGCUCCCUGCACGUUAUCAGGCUGGAGGUCACCGACUUCGACAGCGUCCGGGCGGUCCCGGGGGCAGAUGCUCCGCGACACCGCGCCAUGCCCCACGCGCUGAUCUGGCUUGUGUCCGCAAUACGGCUUAUCCCGGACACGCCGCUCACCAUAGACCCGGAGGUCCUGGUCCAGACGCUGCGCACAAACGCCGUCGCGCCGGCGCUGCUCUCGCAAGUAUGCAUGCCGGCGCUCGACAAGGGCAAGGAGAAGAAGAUCCUGAACAUCUCGAGCACGCUCGGUAGCAUCGCAAGUGCGGACGAGUUCGGCGGCACGACCGCCUUGUACUCCAUGAGCAAGGCUGCCCUGAACAUGCUGACAUACAAGCAGAGGUUGGCGCGGCCCGACCUUACUGUCAUCACCAUGUGCCCUGGAUGGGUCAAGACUGACCUGGGCGGCGAGAAUGCGCCGGUGGAGCAGAAGGACAGCAUUGCUGGCAUAAUCAAGGUCAUCACCUCUGUCACAGCCGGGGACAGUGUAAAGUACCUGAGGUACAACGGAGAGGUGAUCGAUGAUCCCUUGGUAAGAGAUGUUGCGUAA